UCCACAUAACCUACAAAUUUCCUAACCUAAGAAUUGUCAAAUGAUAAAAAUCCAACUUUGAAAGUCUAGGAUUUAAAAAGAAAGAGAAUAUCAUGUUUUCAGCGCAACUUCAAAUUAUCAGAAGCAUAAGCACUUCAGCAGCGAGACAUGGAAAGAAAAAUUUUCGAAAAUUUCAGUUGUUCAACAAAAGAGGAAAUAGGCUAUUCAAGCAAAAUAUGAGAGAAAAUCCACAACCGGAUCUAUUGGACAAAAGAGGUGUAAGAGAUAUUGGUUAUCGUGUUGGAAAUAAAUUUGUAACAGUACCUGAAAGAAUCCCAGAAUUGAUUGUUCCUGAUUUAACAGACUUCAAGUUAAAACCAUACGUAAGUUAUAAAGCCCCCGAUAUAAAGCAAGACGAAUUUACAGCUGAGGAUUUAUUCAAUUCGGUAUAUGCCAAAAAAAUUGUAGAAGACUUCAAUAAUGGAAAUUUGAAUGAAGAUGGUUCACCCAAAGAACCUUCAGAUGAAGAGAGAAUGACUCCAGAAAUGGCAGAACUAAAAGCUAGACAAACAGGAACAGAUCUAUUUUGUAGCAAUGAAUAACAUAAUUUGUUUAUUAGUCUGUAAUAAAAUCUAUCAACAAUGA